AUGGAGAUAAUGAGCAUUCAAUACAGGUGGGUUGCAAGCUGCUGUGGUGUGGCUAUGGCCAUGUUGGUGCCAUGGAAGAUGUUGGAAUGGGCAUGGUUCAAACCCAAGAGGCUUGAAAAGUACCUGAGGCAGCAAGGUCUUAAUGGCACCUCCUACAAACCACUCUUUGGAGAUACAAAAGCCAUCAUGACUGCAACACAGCUCCAGCCCAUGAAUCUUUCUGAUGAUAUCAUGCCCAGAGUCAUGCCCUUUGUUCAUACAGCAAUUCAAACCUAUGCUAAGUACUCUUCGUACAGAUUCUUUCCAUCGACAAGAAACAAAAGGAUGGAGCAGAUCGAUCACGAAGUAAGGGAACUGAUAAGGAGAAUGAUCGAUGAUCGAACAAUUGCAAUGGAAGCCGGAGAAACCAGCCAUGAUGACUUGCUAGGCAUAUUGUUGCAGUCAAACUAUGACGAGAUUCAAAAAACUGGAAACGAAAGAUUUGGAAUGAGCAUUGAUGAUAUCAUCGAAGAGUGUAAGCUUUUCUACUUUGCAGGCCAUGAGACUGUCGCCAACUUGCUUGUAUGGACGAUGGUUUUAUUAAGUCGAUAUCCACAAUGGCAAGAACUCGCAAGAGACGAAGUUUUUGAAGUCUUCGGAAACGACAAUCCAGAUCUCGAUAGACUGAGUCGCCUCAAAACCGUAAACAUGAUAUUGCUCGAGGUUCUACGAUUGUACCCGGGAGUAUCGGCAUUAUAUCGAAUGUGCACCAAGCAAAACAAGGUCGCGGGAAUAAAUCUACCCGAAGGAACACUAGUCAUAAUGCCGAUAUUAGCAUUACACCAUGAUCAAGAAACAUGGGGGGAUGACGCCACCGAAUUCAACCCGCAAAGAUUCUCCAAUGGUGUCGCGAAAGCGACAUCCGGGGGGCAAGUUUCGUAUUUCCCAUUUGGCGGGGGGCCUCGUAUAUGCAUCGGACAAAACUUUGCCAUGUUGGAAGCGAAAAUAGCAAUCGUCAUGAUCCUGCAACGCUUCUCUUUCGUGCUUUCUCCGGCUUAUGCACACGCCCCACAAUCGAUCAUCACCCUUCAACCCCAGUUCGGUGCUCACUUGAUUUUACGAAAAGUUAAGGACUCUCGACCUUAACCAUUCAUAGGGAUAUAU